AUGGCUUCUCACUGCACACUCUCACUCUCACUCAUAUUCCUCCUAGUCUUCACCAUUAAUGCUUCUUCACCAUCAUCGUCAUCAACUUCUUCAGAAGCAGAUAUUCUGUUAACUUUCAAAUCCGCCAUUAAUGAUCCCAUGAACUACCUCUCAUCUUGGUCCAACACCACCACCACUCACCACUGUAACUGGACUGGUGUCACCUGUACUACCACCACCACCACCACCGUUUCAUCUCUCACCCUUCAAAAUCUCAAUCUCUCCGGUGAAAUCUCACCUUCGGUUUGUCAACUCUCUAAUCUCAUUACCCUUAACCUAGCUGAUAAUUUCUUUAACCAACCUAUUCCUCUGCAUCUUUCCCAGUGUUCUUCUUUAAAGACUCUCAAUCUAAGUAGUAAUCUCAUCUGGGGUACAAUCCCAGAUCAGAUUUCUCAGUUUAAAUCUCUCAAGUUUCUUGAUUUGAGCAAAAACCAUGUCGAAGGGAAGAUACCAGAUGGAGUUGGGUCGUUACUGAAUCUUCAAGUUCUUAAUCUUGGCAAUAACUUGUUGUCAGGUAGUGUUCCUAAUGUUCUUGGAAACUUUACGGAGUUGAUUGUUCUUGAUUUGUCUGAAAACCCUUUUAUGGAGAGUGAGAUUCCGAGUGAUAUUGGGAAGCUUUUGAAACUUGAGCAGGUUUUGUUGCAAAGAUCUGGUUUUUAUGGUGAAAUACCGAACUCUAUUGUUGAAAUGAAGGAGUUGACAAUAGUUGACCUCUCUCAGAACAAUCUUACAGGUGUUUUACCUUCAAGAAUCGGAAGCUCUUUCGAAAAGUUGGUUUCUUUUGAUGUUUCACAAAACAAUCUGUUUGGGUCUUUCCCAGACGGGAUUUGUGAAUCCCCUGGGCUUACAAGUCUCAGCCUUCAUACAAACUAUUUCAAUGGAACAUUACCCAAUACCUCCAUUUCUGAUUGCAUGAAUCUUGAAAGAUUGGAGCUUCAAAACAAUGGCUUUCAUGGCGAUUUCCCAAACAACUUGUGGUCAUUGCCUAAAAUCAAGGUUAUCAGAGCCGAAAACAACCGGUUUUCUGGUGAAAUACCUGAUUCCAUAUCAAUGUCUUCUCAAUUAGAACAAGUUCAGAUAGAUAACAACAGUUUCAUCGGCAAAAUCCCUCAUGGUCUUGGCAUGGUCAAAAGCUUGUACAGAUUCUCCGCCUCUCUUAAUGGCUUAUACGAUAACAAUUUUGUUGGCGAAAUCCCAGAAUCGCUAGGAGAUUUACCUGUGCUAACUUACCUUGAUCUUUCCCAUAAUAAUCUCACAGGUAGAGUCCCUUCCUCAUUAACCGCAGGACUUCCCGCUUUAUACACAGAAGGAAAUCCCGAUUUAUGUGGGCCCGGAUUGUCAAAUCCUUGUUCAAAAGAUGAUUCUCUGCACAAAAUAGCCGGGAUUUCAAAACUGGCUUGCGCAUUGAUCUCCUUAGCUUUGUUAGCUGGGAUACUGAGUUUAGCAUUUGGGUUUUAUGUUCUUCGGAGAUCGUCAAUCCAAAAAUCUGAAACGGGUAUUUGGAGAUCCGUUUUCUUUUAUCCACUUCGAGUUACAGAGCAGGAUUUGAUCAUGGCAAUGGAUGAAAAAGCUUCUAGAGGUAGUUCUGGAGGUUUUGGAAGAGUUUACAUUGUAAACUUGCCUAGUAACGAGCUUAUAGCUGUGAAGAAGAUAGACAAUAUCAGAAACCAAUCUUUUAAAACUUUGAAAACGGAAGUGAAGACGUUAGCCAAAAUCAGACACAAAAACAUAAUCAGAAUCUUGGGGUUUUGCCAUUCGGAUGAUUCAAUCUUUUUGAUAUAUGAAUGUAUGGAAAAAGGGAGUCUUGGUGAUUUGAUAAGCAAAGGUGAGUUCCAGUUGGCAUGGAGUUUUCGCUUGAAAAUCGCCAUUGGAAUUGCUCAAGGAUUGGCUUAUCUUCACAAGGACUAUGUUCCUCAUUUGCUUCAUAGAGAUGUUAAGUCCAAAAAUGUUCUUUUGGAUGCUGAAUUCGAGCCAAAGCUCACGGAUUUCGCAUUGGAUCGGAUUCUUGGUGAAAUUACAUUUCAAUCCUCCUUUGAUUCAAACUCUUUAUCUUCCUGCUACAUGGCACCAGAAUUAGGGUACAAUAAAAAGGCUACCGAACAAAUGGACACAUAUGGAUUCGGUGUCAUCUUACUAGAACUUGUAACAGGUCGAGCAGCUGAACAAGUGGAAUCAAAUGAGGAGUCUCUUGAUGUUGUGAAGUGGGUAAGAAGGAAAGUUAACAUAAGUAAUGGGGCAGUUCAAAUUCUUGACCCGAAAAUUUCGAGUUCGUGUAGAAAAGAAGCUUUGGGAAUGCUUGAAAUAGCUCUAAAAUGCACAUCGGUUAUGCCUGAAAAACGACCUUCUAUGUGUGAAGUCGUGGUUGAACUUCGAUCUUUUGGCUCAAAGAAUUAUGCCCCUGAGUCUUGAUUUUGUCGCCAUCAGUUUGAUGUUCCAACCAAGAAACAAUCAUAUAUCAAGUUUAUGUAAAUUAUGAGUUUGAAUUGCUUUAUACAAUAUCCUUUUGUUUUCUCUAUAUGGUCGAAAAGCUUAGGUGAACAAACCAAGAAAAACCGUC